UCAGACACACCUCCAUCACCAACAACAACACGUAGAAGAAAGAGGGAGAAACCUUGAAAUUCCUCCUCUCAACAACAAGAUUAACCACAGAGCCACCACCAAAUUUCUGCACACCUCCAUUUAAUCAAGAUAUCGCAACCAAAAACUGAUGUGUUUUUAAAGGUUUAAGAAUGAGUUUGAGCCCAUAUGGCUUUCAUACAACUUUCAUGCUAUUCUGGAAUAAGGUUUGUCACCAUUGACAUUACUUCUGAGAGAGGUUUACAUAAGCAUUUUGAACAAUGGAACCUGCGACAGGCCGCAACCAUGUCCAUUACCAUGCCAUUCAAUCUGAGAACAGUGAAUCAGCAUCUUCAUCUCAGGGAUUCUUGAAUGCCAAUAUGAGACCUACAGAGAUGAAUCCUGUACUGAAUUAUUCCAUCCAGACAGGUGAAGAGUUCGCUCUUGAAUUUAUGCGGGAUCGAGUGAAUCCUAGGAUGCCAUUCAUUCCAUACUCUGCAGGGGAUCCAAACCUUACUACAGGCUACUUGGAACUAAAAGGCGUCUUAGGCAUCAGUCAUACUGGGUCCAAAAGUGGGUCUGAUGUUUCCAUGCUCAACGUUGUAGAAAGAGGUUCAAAGGAUCUUGAAAGGAAGACUUCUUUUUAUGAAGGCACAAGCAACUAUGGAUCUGUGUCAUCAUUACCUCAAACCAACAGUAAUCGGGGAGGUAUUCGUGAUUAUGCCUCUUCUAGUGCAUCAGAUAUAUCUUCAUUAAAGAUUAAGAUCCUAUGCAGUUUUGGUGGCAAAAUUUUACCUCGUCCAAGUGACGGCAAACUUAGAUAUGUUGGAGGAGAUACACGCAUUAUCCGUAUAAGAAGGGAUAUUUCUUGGCAAGAAUUAUGGCAGAAAACAAUAGCACUUUACAAUGAAACCUGUUCAAUCAAGUAUCAGCUUCCUGGGGAGGAUCUUGAUGCAUUGGUAUCUGUCUCUUCUGAUGAGGAUUUGCUGAAUAUGAUGGAGGAAUGUAAUGUACUUGGUGAAGGAGAAGGCUCAAAGAAGCUUAGGAUGUUUCUUUUCUCCUUGAGUGACUUAGACGAUACUCAUUUUGGUUUGGCCAACUCUGGUGGUGAUUCGGAGAUUCAGUUUGUAGUUGCCGUAAAUGGUAUGGACAUGGGAUCAAGAAGGGGGUCAAGUUUGCAUGGUCUAGGAAGCUCUUUGGCUAAUAAUCUGAAUGAGCUCGAUGGACAGAAUGCUGAGAUGAACACUAGUAGAACUACAACUGACUUUGUUGGAGUCAAUGUGACACCUUCGGCCAGCAUCAACGUUUCAUCAUCAGUGCUGGUAUCUUCUCAAGCUAUGCUGCCAAGUUCAUACAAUGCUUAUGAGACCCAUAUCCAGAUGCAUCAGGGCCAACCAAAGCAUCAUGGAGAAGCCAAGGCAAAAACCCAGCAACAUGUACCUGUCUCUCAGUCUUUAUCUGACAAACCUCCUGUUGAAAGUUCUGUCCAACUGAACUCUGAUGAGCAUGUAAGUCAGCAAGGAGGUUGUAACGAAGGGCAGAUGUCUAAUACUAUGGAUAUACAAAAUCAACAGUCACAGGUGAGGAACCCAAUGCCGAAAGGUGAUAGUUCUGUUAAACAAGAGGUUGAUCACGGUAACAUUAGAUCUUUAGGGAAUGAAGGGUCAUCAGGUGCCCUACCUGGAGCAGAGCAAAAGUUUCUUCCAAAGCCUAAAAUGAGCAAGGAGAGGCACCAGGAUGAAGAACAGGGAUCUUCUCCCCUCGAUGCUGCUAGCAUGGAAAGAGCUAGUAAAUGUAAUGAUAAAGAUGAUGAUUCAUAUGCAUCUAAUGAGGCCUUGCUUUCUAGUGGUGCAGGGUCUGAUCUUAUUGAUUUGAGCUACCUUGAACCUCCUGUACCCCCUCCAAGGGUUUAUCAUUCUGAGAGAAUUCCACGGGGGCAGGCAGAGUUGAACAGGCUAACAAAGUCUGAUGACUCCCUCGGUUCUCAGUUCCUUUUUACUCAUUCACGUUCUGAUGUUGGGCCACAAGAUUUCAUUUUAGAAUCUGUUGAAAAGUUUCACACUGAAGAUGUACCUUCUCAAAGUGAGCUGCCUCCCAUCUCAACAAGAAUACUAUCAUGUACAAAACCUCAAAGCACGGAAGAUGCACUAGGCAAUGGGAAGUCGAAACAGGUAACAUGUGAACCUAUAAAUGAUAACAAGGGUAUCAAUGAGAGUCAGAUUCUUAAGUCUGCCUGUGAAACCAACACUGCGGUGGUCAAUGAUAACAAUGUCCAGUUUGAUAAACCAGCAGAAACUAGAUCACAAUUCAGGCUCCAUGCUGAUCCUGCAACUAACCAUCCAGAGUACAGUCGUGGUGAACGAGGGGCUAGUGAUUCUACUGCUAACAAUGCUCAGGUGUAUGCUCAAUCUGCUGCUCCCAAUGUUUCGCGGACAGAGCAAGGAGACAUAAUCAUUGAUGUCAACGAUCGAUUUCCCCGGGAUUUUCUGUCUGAUAUAUUCACAAGAGCAAUGAUGUCUGAAGAUCUGCCAGGUAUAGGCGGCCUACCACAAGAUGGAGCGGUAUUGAGCUUGAACAUAGCAAACCAUGAACCUCAGCACUGGUCCUUUUUCCAGAAAUUGGCAAGGGAUGAGUUCCCACAGGAUGUUUCUCUUAUUGAUCAGGAUCAACUUGCAUUUUCAUCUCGACUUCCAAAAGUUGAAGAAGCCUCCAUGGUCCAUGAUAUCGCACGGUUUCAAGAUGGAGUCUCUGGAAGCGAGUUAGAUUCCAAGAACACUUUCGUUGAAGACAAAGAAAAAGAUACACCUCUUGUUACGGGGUCUAGUUCCAUUUCUUUGCAAUCACAUUAUGAUCCAUCGCAGGUCAAUGUCAGUGAAAGCAUGCAGUUUGUUGAUAUGGUAGAAGAAAUGAGGAUGCCAGACUCAGAGUAUGAGGUUGAGACAAGGAAUGUUGGGCUGCCUUCUAUUGGUCCUUCUCUAGAAGAUCUUGAUAUCAGUUCUUUGCAGAUCAUAAGGAAUGAAGAUCUUGAAGAAUUAAGGGAGCUUGGUUCUGGCACAUUUGGGACAGUUUACCAUGGAAAAUGGAGGGGAACAGAUGUGGCCAUUAAGCGAAUAAAGAAGAGUUGCUUUGCAGGUCGAUCAUCUGAGCAGGAGAGAUUGACAAUAGAGUUCUGGCGAGAAGCUGACAUUCUCUCAAAGCUUCACCAUCCGAACGUUGUGGCAUUUUACGGUGUAGUACAAGAUGGACCUGGGGGGACAUUAGCUACUGUCACAGAGUUCAUGGUUGAUGGUUCAUUAAGGCAUGUCUUACUUCGCAAAGAUAGGCAUCUGGAUCAUCGCAAGAAGCUUAUAAUUGCAAUGGAUGCAGCCUUUGGAAUGGAGUAUUUACAUUCAAAGAACAUUGUGCAUUUUGAUCUGAAAUGUGACAAUUUGCUGGUGAAUAUGAAGGAUCCUUCACGCCCUAUAUGCAAGGUAGGUGAUUUUGGACUAUCAAAGAUCAAGCGCAACACUUUGGUUUCAGGUGGAGUUAGGGGAACCCUGCCCUGGAUGGCUCCUGAGCUACUGAAUGGUAGCAGCAAUAAAGUUUCUGAGAAGGUUGAUGUGUUCUCUUUUGGAAUUGUGUUAUGGGAGAUCCUGACUGGUGAAGAGCCGUAUGCAAAUAUGCACUAUGGUGCAAUCAUAGGAGGCAUUGUGAGCAACACAUUGAGACCCCCUAUUCCAAGGGAUUGUGAUGGUGAAUGGAGAAGGUUAAUGGAGCAAUGUUGGGCGCCUAACCCUAUGGUCAGGCCAUCCUUCACCGAAAUAACCAGCCAGUUACGUGUUAUGUACCACACCAAAGGCCACAAGGGAUCUUAGCUUGCAAUUGCAUUGUUGUUGAGUAAUAAUAAAUAAAGAAAGAAAUGGCAGAUUUAUAACCAAAUGGUACGGAUGGAGUUGUUGAAAAAGGAUUUGACUGAUGAGAUAAAAUCAAGAUUCUUCCACUUACAAAUCUCACUCGAAAUGGAGUCGCCCUUCAAGCCAGAGAUUCUCAAAGGCAAGGUAGCCCUUUUGACCGGAGGAGCUUCCGGUAUCGGCCUCGAGAUUUCCACACAGUUCGGUAAACAUGGCGCUUCCAUCGCCAUCAUGGGCCGUCGCAAAACCAUC